AAUAAUGGCUGGCAUCAACGUCUUCCUCACGUUACUGACGGUCGCUACUGUCGUCGUCUCGGCACGCUUCUCGCCUCACCAUAACAACUACAUCUUCCGUUCGGAUUCCCAAGAUAUUAACUCUUUACGCCUCUCACAGUUGAAAUCCAGCGGCUCUUUCAGAGGUGGACGUCUAGAAUCCAGCGAGCUCAAGAAACUCUUCCAUAUUUCCUCAGUUCCACUUUACUCUGCUGCCCCUGAGCCACAUUACACUUCUGCCUCUGAGUCGCUUAACUCUGCAACUCUGGAAGUGAAUCAUUAUGAUAUCCCACAAGAAGUUAUUUCUCAUCUUAAUAUAAAGACGCUAAUUCCUGAGUUAAAGUCACUAUUUCUGGAGUUAACACAGCUGAUUGACUCUAAUCUCGAUAUAACUAAGCUGCUUCCCGAGUUAAAGAGUUUAGUCAUCGGGUCCAAGCCAGAGUUGAAGAGGAUUUUCAUCGAGUUUAAGCGUGAGUUCAAGACACUUCUCACUGAGUCUAAGCCUGAGUUACGGGCACUGCUUCAUGAACUGUUUACAUUCCUUAUCGAGUUCAUGCCUGAGAUUAAGGAACUAUUAUCUAAGAUUAAAAAACUAUUCAUUGAAGCCAAGCCCGAGCUGAAGAAAUUACUUUACAAUUAUAAACCUGAUUUUAGGGUUCUCUUGCCUGAGAUGAAGACAUUACUCGUGGAGUUCAGGGCCGAGUUAAAAACAUUCUUUCCUGAGUUCAGGGUAAUUCUUCCAGCUUUGGGACAAUUUUUUCCAGAGAUAAAGUCACUGCUUCCCGAAUUUCGGUCACUGCUUCCCGAUAUACGUUCCUUGUUCCUUGAGUUGAGUUCACUGGUUUUCGAGUUGAGAACACUGAUUCCCGAGGUAAGGGUACUGGUAAACAAGUUGAGAGCACACGUUCCUCACUUGAGAACACUGGUACCAGAAUUGAGAGCGCUGGUUCCCGACUUGAGGGCAUUAAUACCUGAAUUAAGAUCUCUGAUCCCUGAGUUGGGACUACAUUACGAGUCAAAUCCCGAGUUAAAAACACUUCUUCUUGAACUAAAGAGAUUGACAUUAGAAUUAAAAUCUGAAUUAGUUCACCUUCAUUCUAAACUGAAAGGAUUAUUCUUCGAUUCAAAGUCCGAGUUAGCUCUACUUAUUUUCGAUCUAAAGAGACUGUAUUUAGAAAGCAAGACUGCACUGAGGCCUCUACUCGGUGAUUUAAAACCUUUGUUCCUUGAAAUGAAGCCACUGAUUCGUGAGGUGAAGCAUUUGCUCUUCGACCUUGGGUACCUACUGCUCAGCUGAUUUAGUAAAUGAUAUUUUCAACUAUCUUCAAAUCUUUUACUUCUCAUAUGUAUAUAUUCAAUAAAAAAGGUGAAAUAAAUUUGAAGUUGUUUUCUGAAAACUAUAUUUAAAAAAAAAAUGGUGCACAUAUGUGACGAGGCUAAUAUAAUAUAAUCUACCAAAAAUGGGCUCGAGAGAGGAUGGGUUCCCUAUUACAGUGUAUUUAAUAUUGCUAAAUAUUCUUAAUUAUCAGCUAGACCUCUUUGCGUUUUUGGCGAAGUAUAUGAGAGU